AACCUAAAUUACUUGGCAGCGGGCAAGAAGUUUCCACGUACAAAAGAAUCAGGUUACAGUGGACUCAAUUUGAUUUGUUGAUUCUUUGCGUUUCAAUUACAUUUCUGUUCCCGAAAAAAAAAAAAUGAAAAAAAACUACCCAUUGCCCUUCUCAACUCUCAAGUGCUUUCUCAUGGCCCCCAGGAGAAACCGAGAAGCAUUUUCUUCACAGUCUGCAAGCCCUCGCUGGAUCCACGACGUAUUCCUGAGUUUCAGUGAAGAUACACGAGAGAAAGUGACUGAUCGCCUCUAUGUCGCUUUGGUCCAGAAAGGGAUUCGCACCUACAGAGACGACGACGAACACCGGCGAGGAGAGAAAUCACUCAAAGAAUCGAGAAUCGCAAUUGUUGUUUUCUCUAGGAAUUAUGCUUCUUCAGUAUGGUGUCUUGAUGAACUGGUGAAGAUCAUUGAAUUCAGAAGUGGGAAUGGUCUAACUGUUUUGCCUGUUUUUUAUGAUGUCGAUCCGUCUGAUGUCCGACACCAAACCGGAAGUCUUGAGAAAGCAUUUGCGAAGCAUGAAGAGUGUGGCGAGGAGGGGAAGGAAAAGUUGCAGAAGUGGAGGGCAGCCCUCACAAGAGCAGCUAAUCUUUCUGGUUGGGAUCUGCGAAAUGUUGCCAACCUCAGGCAGGAGGCAAACAUUAUCCAAAUAAUUGUUGAAGAUGUUUUGACUAAAUCAAGUCGAAGACCAUUGAAUGUUGCUAGAUAUCCAGUUGGAAUAGAUUCUCGGGUAAAACAUGUAAUUGACUUGUUACAUUUUACUUCAAAUGAAGUUCGUAUUGUUGGGAUUUGUGGUCUGGGUGGAUCAGGCAAGACAACCACUGCAAAAGCAGUUUAUAAUGAAGUUUAUUACAAAUUUGAAGGUUGUAGUUUCCUUGAAAACGUUAAAGAUGUUUCAAAACAACCCAAUGGUCUUAUUCGUUUACAAGAACAACUCCUUUCUGAUGUACUGUUGAAGAGAAACUUGAAGGUAAGCAAUGUUGCUAGAGGAAUAAAUCUGAUUAGACAAAGGCUCUACAGCAAAAGGGUUCUUCUCAUCCUCGAUGAUGUAGAUCAAUCGGACCAAUUAAAUGCUUUAGCUAUCAACCGUGAUUGCUUUGGUUUGGGAAGUAGAAUCAUCAUCAUAUCACAAAAUGAACAUUUUCUAAAUGAGGUUGAUGUAGAAGUAGUAUAUAAGCCUGAAGAGUUUGACCUUUAUGAAUCUCUUGAACUCUUCAGUUGGCAUGCCUUCAAAAACGAUCGUCCAACAGAUGACUACAUGGAGCUUUCAAGGGAUGUAGUUCGCUAUGCCAAAGGACUUCCAUUAGCUCUUGAGGUUUUGGGUUCAUUUAUGUUUGAAAGAAGCUUAACUGAAUGGAAGAAUACAUUAGACAAAUUAAAAAAGAUUCCUCAAAAUUUAAUUCAAGAGAAACUUCGAUUAAGUUUUGAUGCUCUAGAUGAUGAAGAGAAGGAUAUAUUCCUUGAUAUUGCUUGCUUUUUUAUUGGAAUGGACAAAGACUACGUUAAUAAGAUACUAGAUGAAUGCAAUUUGUUCCCAGAUAUUGGAAUUAGAGUUCUCGCACAAAGGUCUCUUAUAACAAUUGAAAUGAACAAGCUAAGGAUGCAUGACCUUCUUCGAGACUUGGGAAGGGAAAUUGUUUGUGAAAACUCUCCUGCCGAACCUGGAAGACGUUCAAGAUUGUGGGCACAUAAGGAUGUUUGUGAUGUAUUGGCAAAAGACAAGGGAACCAAGUCUGUUGAAGGCCUCAUCCUAAACGGUUCUCAAUUCGAGGUUUUGUGUUUCAAUACAAAAGCGUUUGCAGACAUGCAUAGGCUAAGACUACUUCAACUCAAUUAUGUAUACCUGAGGGGAGGGUUUGAACAUCUCUCUAAGGGUUUAAGAUGGCUUUGUUGGCAUGGAUUCCCAUUGAAUUCUAUACCUACCAAUUUUGACCUGCAGAAUAUUGCUGUCCUUGACAUGGAGAACAGCAAUAUUAAAGAAGUUUGGAAGGAAAUUAAGCUGCUCAAAAGGUUGAAAAUCCUCAAUCUUAGUCAUUCGCUUUACUUGACAAAAACCCCCAAGUUCUCGGGACUCCCCAAUCUUGAGAAACUGAUCCUCGAAGGUUGUAAAAGUCUGGUUGAGGUUCAUGAAUCCAUUGGAUUUCUUGACAAGCUUGUUGUCUUGAAUCUGAAAGACUGCCAUAACCUUAUGAAUCUUCCAAGAAGUAUUUGUGAGUUAGGAUCUCUUGAAGAACUCAAUCUCUCUGGUUGCUCCAAACAGGUUAAAUCUAAGUCAUGGGUUUCAUUCUCUCAAUGUUGGGGCUCACUGAAAACAACGUUUAAUUCCAUCACUUCGCUUCCAGCUUCUUUCUCUGGUCUACGUUCUUUAAAAGUUGUAGAUCUCAGUUACUGCAAUCUGUCAGAAGAUUUGAUUCCCAAUGAUUUCAUGAGCUUGUCCUUAUCUCUGGAAAGGUUAGAAUUGGAUGGAAACAGAUUUCGCACCCUACCAGCCAGCAUCGAACAUCUUUCUCGUCUCAAAAGGCUUUCAAUGAAAAAUUGUAGAGAUUUGCAACUGAUGACGGAGCUUCCAUCAAGUUUAAAUUUCUUGAAUCUUGGAGGUUGCUCAACAAUGGAAAGAUUACCAUCAAAUAUUAGUGGUCUCUCUCAACUCCUCUAUCUUGAUUUGAAUGGAUGCCAAAGGCUGCAAUCACUUCCAAAGCUUCCAUUAAGGUUAGACGAGUUGCGAACAUCUGGUUGCACAUCCUUGCAAGAAGUAGCAAAUAUUGGGAACUUAUCUACAUUACGAGAUUUAUCUAUCAACUGCGAUCUCUUUUGUAGUUUAUCUAAUGAAAUAUGUCACCUUUCUAACCUUGGAAACCUUAAUUUGGAAGGCUGUAAGAGGCCUCAAUCACUGCCAAAGCUUCCAUCAAAAUUAGAUUCCUUGUUUAUUGAAGGCCACACAUCAAAUUUGCUCAACUGCUUUGAGAACCAGAGCUUGGAAGAAAUGGAAGGUUGCCACCAUUUGGACAGCACUUUGAGAAACAUGAGUCUUUUCCAGGGAUUAUAUAGGGCGUUUGAAGUCAUUGGUACAGGAACUGAGAUUCCAGAGUGGAUCAGCCAUCAAGCUGUAGGGUCUUCAAUAUCUUUUGAGGUAUCUCCCUUUUCAGGUUGUAAGAUCCAGGGUUUGGAUGUAUCUGCCAUUUUUGUAGCUGAUAAAGAAGCCUAUGGAUUUCUUUCUUGUCCUAUUAUUUGUAACAAGACCAAAGGAAUUGAAUGGGGCCCCCUCGAUGGAUUUUGGCAAUCUGCUCAUGCAUUGGAUGAAGAUAUAUUGUGGGUGCGCCAUAUACCAAUUACUGAGCUUCAAGAUUACUGGGGAGGUGAAGCUAAAUUUGGGGCUCACUUUGAAGUGGGGGAUAUAGUGGAGGUCUUAGUAGAAAUUGAACCUUUUGAGAAGGCCUGUGUACAAGUGAAGAAGUGUGGAGUCAUGCUGGUACACAAGCCAGAUGAGAACCAAGUAGAUGACCCUUCAGUGAUGAAAUGCUCCACUGCUUCACAUUUUUUCAUUGUUGAUGGAGAAAGAUCAGCAAUGGAUCAAGUAGUUUUCAUGGAAGAUGCGAACAAGAGUGGCUAUAAUGAGGAUGUGGCAGGAUCCAGUUAUGAUGCCAAAAUAUUGAGGAUAGGCCAGUGAUCCUAUGGAUAUGUUUCUUUUAUCUGUGACAAGUAUUAUGGCCUUCAUGGACCAAUUCAGUACAUUACAAUAUUAUUGGGAAUUGAGGUUGAUAGUAGGAAAAAUUGCAUAGAUCUACUUACUAAGUUACAAAAAACAAGUAGGGUUGAUUUUGUUUUACACUUAUUUUUCUUGUAAACUUUUUUUUUUUCAUUUGAUUUUUGUUUUAAUUUAAUGGAAUCAGAUAAAACAAAAUGAGGCAUAUGAAAUAAAAAGUUGAUGUGUUCAUCAA